AUGAAAAUUAUAAUAAUUAAAUGGCUAUACAUACAUGGAGAGAGAGAGAGAGAGAGAGAGAGAGAGAGAGAGAGAGAGAGAGAGAGUGUGUGUGUGUGUGUGUGUGUGUGUGUGUGUGUGUGUAUGCUACUGGCAAGUGAAUUAGUUUUGUGUAUAUUUGUCAAGUCCUUCCUCUCACUCUGUCCUGCCACAUGGCAGUGAUCUGUUUCCCAGUAUAGUGACGGUGACACCUCACCAACAAAUAUUUUUCAGCAACUGCCUUAGUAAAUAAUUGUUAGUGAUUUACAGGAGGCUCUGUGUCAUACAUAUUAUCACUAAGAUUAGAGAAUAUGUUUUUACUGACACAAGUCUGUAAGACUACACUUGCCAUGUUAUGGGAGUCCACUCUUCCCAGUGUGAAAUGUGGAGCUUUUGUUCUGGCCAUAAUAUCUCUAAAAAGUUUUCACUUGUUACACACAUAUCUCUUAUGUCGUCUGUAGGACAUAUUGAUUUCCCAUUGCUUUUACGAUUGAUGAUGGGGUGGAUGGAGGAGGCAGCUGUGCUUCUCAAGGUUUAAAGUGUCAAUACAGGCCUUGUAAUGCAAAGAUUUUCCUAGACUGCAUGACAAAGCCGGUGUUGUGCACAAAUUUCCCCGCCCUGAUUAGUCCCGCAGGAAGCCUUGUAAACAUACUCCACCACAUGCUACUACUGUCUGUCGGGUCACUUUCAGUUCCAACACAGAGAGACACUUUCUGGCAAUGUAAACCAAUGCAUGGCAAUUAAAAUGAUUAAAUGUGGCAGUUUCUAAAAAGAAGUCUAUCAUGUUAACAUACUAUGUGGUGUGGAGUAUGAUGUCAUUGGUUGUAUGGUGUGAGCCGUGAGGUGUGGAGUGACUGGGUGUGAUGCAUAGUGUGGUGCGGCUGGGUGUUGUGUGGUGUGGUGUGGUUGGGUGUUGUGUGGUGUGGUGUGGCUGGGUGAUGUGUGGUGUGGUGUGGUUGGGUUUGGUGUGGUGUGGUAUUACUUGAUAUGAUGUGUGAUGUCAUGUGGCCGAGUGUGGUGUGUGGUGUAGUGAGGCUGGAUGUGAUGUAGCUGGAUGUCAUGUCAUGUGUCGUGACUGGCUGUGGUGUGUGGGUUGGUGUGAUGAGUGGUGUGGUGUGGUAUGUGAUGUGGUAGUUGUAAUUUUUCAUGUCCUACUCCACGCUUAUUAUCAAAAAUAUUCAACGUAUUGGAUAUCAUGUUUACAUAAUUGUGUAAGAAAAAAAACUAUUUCGCAUACUUCAGUGACUUUUUGGCACUCCAUACAAGCCAAAUUAAACAUACAAUUAUGACUUUGUAAUGGACCGUAUUGGCUUGACAGGCAGUGUCACACGUGGCCACUCAGUGAAUUGUCAAAGCAUAGAAUUGAAGUUAUAGACCAGAGUGCAUCUGAGGCUGACUGGCUGCACACACUUCACUCUUACCCGAUUUCCUGACACUACUAUUUGACAUGAAGAAAAACCGAGGCCACCAUCGCCUUCCUGAGGAAAUUCUGCAUUGUACUGGAAUAAAUUUGUAACUGUAAAGUAAGCACACACACAAAAAUGAGAGUUAAGUAAAAUAGUGCACAAACAUUUUCCCCCUCUUACGUGGCUUCUACUCACUGCUCGCAACUGGCUGGGAGGAAGGAGGCACUGUUGCCUGGCUCGGAUUGACGCUCAGCCUUAAUGGCAUGUUCAUAUGAUCCUCAAGGUGUUUUCACACUGGGAUGUAUCCUAUACCAACAUAGUCAUAAGAGUGUGCCAAUCUAGGAACCAUCCUGAAAAAUUAUUGCAAUCUAAAGAAGACGAGCAAUGAGGAUUAGAAGCCAAGUGUGCAUGAAAAAAUGUUUGUGCUCUAUUUUACUUAACCCGGUAGCUGCGGGGAUCAUGUUUAUUAAUGGUCCCUCUAAGCGAGAAAAAUGUGAAAAAAAUCAUCACUCACACAAACCAUUUCAUAAUAUAUAUCAAAGCAUUUGUGAUCAGUUUAUGCAUCAUCUAUUUUGGGGGGUUUAUAUCAUGCCACAAAUUUGGCCCGUAACUGCUACCGGGUUGACCUUCAUUUUCAUAUGUUUUUGCUUACUCUACAGUUGCAAAUCCCAGUGCAAUGCAGAAUUUCCUCAGAAAGGCGAUGGUGGCCUCAGUUUUUCUUCACGUCAAAUAGUAGUGCCAGGAAAUCGUGUAGGAGUGAAGUGUUGUAGCCGUUGGCUUGGAGCAGUGGUGGCACCAAGGCUGUAUGUCCUGGAGCUAGCCUCAGAUGCACUCUAGUCCAUAACUUGAACUCUAUGGAAAAUACUGCUUUGACAGUCCACCGAGUGGCCACAUGUGGCACUGCCUGUGUAGCCAAUACAGUCCAUUGAGUAACGCCUUAAACUGAAACAAAAUAUUUAUGAACAUGAAACUGAAUGCAAUGAUACUACAUCUCAUAAAAAAAUAAGUGAUCACAAAAUACAAAAAUGACCACCGGUGGGUCACUUUGCAAGAGAACAGUUGGACUGAUUAGACCAGUGGGGCACGUCGCCUAAAAUGUGUUCAGAACAUAACACACUAUUGAACAUUUACACAAAAGUUCUGAUUGCAUUGUCAGUUACAUUGACAUGUAACAGGAUUUCAGAUUGCUUUGUUCCUUUGUUGUUUGUGCAUUUCAGAUCAGUUUGUUGCCAUGAUACAUUCUUGUUUGUUUGUCUUGUUAGAAAGUUGCACUACUACUGUCAGCAGUAAAGAAUGUUGCAUUGAUAUGUGUCUGUGUAUUUCAGAUCAGCCUGUUACCUUCGGCAUGGUUGGCUCUGCACUGCAAGGUGUAAGAAGGCUCUAGAUCUGAGUACAGCCUUCAGGCACGCAUCAUUCUUAUCAAGUUCAGUGGGAGCACAGCAUCUCUUCAGACGGUGCUUCACCCUUGGCUCAAGUAGAGUCCUUCAGUCUCAACCCAGCAUCCUGAACAGUGUUUCUCUCAACACACUGAACAUGGAAGGUGGAAGUCUCCUGCCCCCUGCGACUGUUAGUGGCAUGACGGAACUUGACAGAGCAGCCUUUGAAAGGAAAAUUUUAGUACCUCAUGUAGUUGUAGAUGGCAGAAGAAUGGAUAGUAUACUUAAGAAACUCAAAAAGUACUUGUUGAAGUUACAGAAAUUGAAACCUGUAAAAAUUUCUGAUGAUGACCCAGAGAAAAAAGAAAUCCUUGUUAACCCUUCCAUGAUGAGGAGUUCUGAAGACAUCAGGAAACAUUUAGGUGAGGUUGGUGAAGAAGUGACAUGUGUGUACAGGGAGGUCACAGUGGGCUAUGACAACUGGAAGGCUGAAGACAUCCUGAAAGCUGUCUUACCCGCCAACCAGGAGGGUGCCCAGAGCUACUCCAUUGUGGGCCACAUCCUCCACCUCAACCUGAGGGACCACAUCCUGCCGUACAAGAGUCUCAUUGGGCAGGUGUACCUGGACAAGGUGCCUGGGAUCUCCGUGGUCAUUAACAAGCUCAGCACCAUUGACUCAACCUACAGAAACUUUCAGAUGGAGGUGUUGGGGGGCAGCGGAGAAACCAUUGUCACCGUGAAAGAAAAUGGGUCCACAUAUACAAUGGACUUUGCACGGGUGUACUGGAACCCUCGCCUCUCAACCGAGCAUGGCAGAAUUGUGGGACGGCUGCGACACGGUGAUGUCCUGUACGAUGUGAUGGCUGGCGUGGGACCUUUUGCCAUACCUGCAGGCAAAAAGAAAUGCUAUGUCUUAGCCAAUGACCUCAACCCAGACUCUUUUGAUGCUCUGGUUAAAAACUGUGCAAAGAACAAGGUAGAGGAGAGGGUGAGGUGUUUCAACAUGGAUGGCCAUGAUUUCAUUACCACCACUCUAAAAACUGAUCUUCUGGCACGCUGGAAUGACCCAGACUUUGUGGGCAGCAUUCACGUCACCAUGAACCUUCCUGCAAUAGCUGUGACUUUCCUUCCUAGCUUUCAAGGCCUCUUUCAUGGAACUGAAAUACGAGACAAGGUGCAGCUGCCCUUGGUGCAUGUUUAUAUGUUCACCAAAGACACACAAGAAAACACUGCCAUUCAACAAGUAGCUGAAAAUUUAGGUUAUUCCUCAAAAGCAUCUGGUGGAGGGGUGGAGGCAUUACAGGAAGAUGUUCAUAAUAGCAGUGAUUCCAAAAGUAAUAGCAGGUCUAGGUCCGACAAAGAUUAUGCCAGCCUCAAGAUGCACAUCCAGGAGGUGGUUCAUGUGAGGCAUGUGGCACCCAACAAAGCAAUGAUGCGAGUCAGCUUCCAGUUGCCUCUAGAGGUGCUAUUAGAGGAACCUCAGGAAUCCCCUUGCAAGAAAUUCAAGUCAUCUUGAUAUUACUGUUAAUGACAAGGUUAAACAUUUAUGUCUAAACCCAUGCAGUUGCUUUAUAAAACUAUGUUGGAAACUUGUUAUUAAAAACUAGUGCUUUUA